CGGAUAAGGUGACAUUCGAGUUUUACAGAUUGCCAACAGAUUCAGUAUACGUUUCUGGCUCACAAAAAUAGUUGAUAAACUUUUUUUUUUACAAAUUUAAAGUCGAAAAUAUGUCAGAUAAGCAGAAGCUCCUUCAGCGAUAUAUGAAGAACCUAAGCGACCUGCAGGAUGAGCUUAAGCGAAAGGAGCUGGAGAAGAAGAUGAAGGAUCUGGAGAUGUUGCAGUGUGAGCUGGCUCGUCGCCAGGAAAAGUCUGGAACCAAGUGCGCAGGUGGUAAGAUCAAGGAGAUGCGCCAGAAAAGGCUCCAAAAGGUUCUGGGAUCUUACAUGAUGACCUUGGAGGGAUUGCUGUGUGAGCUGGCCCGCCGGGAGGCUCGGCUCAAUGGGGACAGGGGUCGAGCCAGCGAGUCGGAGAACCUUGUACAUCCCCAGAUGUUGGAGGAGUAUACGGUGGCCUUUUGCGCUGUUGGUGAAGAUGGUCGAGAACUGCUGGAGGCCGCUCUAUCCGCCCGCAGGUGCGCCUAUGCCCCCUACAGCAACUUCAAAGUGGGAGCAGCUUUCCGUGCCAAGUGCGGUAGGAUUUACACGGGAUGCAACAUCGAGAACGUGGCCUUCACUCCGGGAAAUUGUGCAGAGCGAUGUGCCCUGGCCAAAGGCAUUAGCGAGGGCGAGAAGAAGUACACGGCGGGUGCUGUGGUGGCCUAUCAUCCGGAUGGGUUCACCACACCUUGCGGCGUCUGCCGCCAGUUCAUCCUGGAGUUUGUGCACAAGGACAUUCCCAUUUACAUUGCCAAGGCACCGCCGCCGGAGCAGGAGAACUGUAUUCCGGCGAUCCAAGAUACCGAUGAGGUGCUGGUCACUUCCGCCUACCACCUGCUUCCCUACAGCUUCACCUCAUUUGAGUGAACUAUUUCCGAUUCUAUAAGCAAACUGGUAAGGACAAUUAUGUAUCGCUGUUGGACCUUCCUUAAACAGUUUGGCCUACAAAAAUGUUGUUUCAAUUUUAUUUAAAUGCAAUAAAUUGGAUCCACUUUCAUUGGA